UUGUUAUAAGAACAGAUUUCAGAUUUUUCAAGUGAAUUUGAAUUCUCGGAGUUUACUUAUUCCAUCAUGAUUGGAAGCAAUGUGGAAAAUGAAGAAGCAAAGCCAUUGGGAAGAUGGUCUGUUUUAGCAUAUGGUGUAGGGCAUGUGCUUAAUGAUAUAACAUCAACCUAUUGGUAUACUUAUCUCUUGCUCUAUUUGACCAGUAUUGGAAUGCCUCCAAAACAAGUUGCAGCACUUGCAAUUACAGGGCAAUUCACCAAUGCAAUGAUGACCAUAAUUGCUGGAGAACUGAUAGACAGAUUUGGACAUUUCAAAAUAUGGCAUGCUGUGGGGACUGUUCUUGUCUCUGCUGCAUUUUCUUCGUUUUAUUGGGGCGUUUGCGUUCCUUGCAAAAUAAUUGGGAUCGAUACACCUCCUGUGCAAAUGAUUGGAUAUUAUAUGUUUGAUAUACUCUUCAGUGGUGGAUGGUCUUGUACUCAAGUAUCACAUAUGGCAAUGGUGAAUGGCCUUACCUUGGAUCAAACAAGCAGAGUGGCAUGUGUCAGCUGCCGUAAUGCUUUUACAAUGGUCGCAAGCCUAAUCGUAUAUGGAAUUGGAUUUUUCAUCUUCAAUUCAUCCGUGAAACAAGUUGAAAUCAAGGAGCAGUACCACUUGUUGGCAACUAUCACAGUAUUGAUCGGAUGCUUCUUUGUAAUUUUAUUUCAUCUUGGAACUAAAGAGCCUAGGGUGAAACCAGUAUCUCACAAGACAAAUCCUCGUGGUUCUUCUUGGAAGCGAUGGUUGAAAAAUGGCCUAUAUUAUAGAGUAGCUAGCAUUUAUGUGUUAACUAGAGUUGUAACGAAUAUAUCACAGGUGUUUCUUGCUCUCUAUGUAAUUAGUGAUCUACACAUGAGCCAAUCUUCCAAGGCUUUGGUUCCUGCCAUCAUCUAUUUGUGCAGCUUCAUUACAUCUAUCUUGCUCCAGGAACUUGAAUGGAGCAGUCACAGGUUGAAGGCCAUCUUUUCAGUAGGAGGCUUCCUGUGGCUAUUUUGUAGUGCAGUAGUACUCUCCCUACCGAUUAACAUGAACGUUUUUAUGUACAUCUUGUCCGCGGUUAUUGGAAUCGCCAAUGCCUUCAUGAUGGUAACUUCAGUAGGCAUGGAAAGUGAGCUAGUUGAUAAAGAAGUUGAGGGAUCUGCUUUCGUUUAUGGAUCAUUAGGCUUUGUGGAGAAAGUAUUGUGUGGGGUAAUGCUGUACAUUCUAGAAUCAUACGAAAGUGUAACACCAGCAGCGUGCAAUCCAGCAUAUCCUUGUUUCACAGUAACGCGAUUUUCAUUGGGAUUCAUUCCGGGAGUUGCUGCAUUAGCUGGAGUCAUAGUUACAUGUUUUACAAAGUUCAGAACUUCACAUCCAGACCCUUUGGCAGAACCUUUGUUGGAAUAGUGAUAAGCCAAAAGCUCUAUUUCUUUGUAUUGUAAUUGGUGGACCUAAGCAAUGGUUAUAUU